UUCUUUUAACUGUGUUCUCCCUUCCCCACAGGAAACAUGGUGGAAUGGUGUUUACCUCAAGAUAUUGACCUUGAAGGUGUUGAGUUCAAGUCUAUGGCCAGUGGGUCCCAUAAAAUCCAGUCUGAUUUCAUCUAUUUCCGGAAGGGCCCCUUCUUCGGCCUGGCCUGCUUCGCCAACAUGCCGGUGGAGAGCGAGCUGGAGCGGGGAGCACGCAUGAAGUCUGUGGGCAUCCUGUCUCCGUCCUACACCCUGCUUUACCGGUACAUGCACUUCCUGGAGAACCAGGUUCGACACCAACUGGAGAUGCCAGGACAUUACUCCCAUCUGGCUGCCUUCUACGAGGACAAGAAAGGGGUGCUCCAUGCUGGUCCCGGGAGGGGCGGCAGCCUGCCCCCUGUCUAUUGGCUGCCUUCCAUCCACCGGUACAUGUACCCAGAGAUGAAGAUCACACACCCAGCUGGCUGCAUGUCUCAGUUUAUUAAGUUUUUUGGAGAACAGAUCCUCAUUCUUUGGAAAUUUGCCUUACUUCGAAAGCGCAUUCUGAUAUUUUCUCCCCCUCCUGUGGGUGUCGUGUGCUAUCGAGUAUACUGCUGCUGCUGCCUGGCCAACGUCUCCCUGCCCGGCCUCGGGGGCACCAUUCCCGAGUCCAAGCCUUUCUUCUAUGUGAACGUGGCUGACAUCGAGAGCCUGGAGGUAGAGGUGUCCUAUGUGGCCUGCACCACGGAGAAGAUUUUCGAGGAGAAGCGGGAGCUGUACGAUGUCUACGUGGACAACCAGAAUGUGAAGACACACCACGACCACCUGCAGCCCCUGCUGAAGAUCAACAGCGCCGACCGGGAGAAGUACCGGCGGCUCAACGAGCAGAGGCAGACGCUGCUGUACUCCCAGGAGGUGGAGGGGGACUACGGCCCAUGUGAAGAGGACCUCUUUGUGCUGUUUUUCCUCGAACAAAACAACCGGAUAUUCCAGACGCUGCUGGAGGUGUCCGCCAGUCAGGACAAAACUCUGACAGCCGAGCAUGCGCGGGGCAUGGGCCUGGACCCCCAGGGCGACCGCAGCUUCCUCAUGGACCUGCUGGAGGCCUACGGCAUCGACGUCAUGUUGGUCAUCGACAACCCCUGCUGCCCAUAGGAGGGGAGCCGGGCUGGUGAGCUGCUUGCGGGACUCGGCCAGGCCCCGAGGGCUCACUUUUUAUUAAGUGGACACAAAGGGAUACUGUUUAUACUUCCCAACUGAUGUAAUUUUUGCAAUCGCCGUUCUUCCCUUGCUCUGGAGAGGUGAGAUGAGACUGCCGUGGUUUGUGUGCUGCUUCUGUAGGACGCUGGGGUCUGCCGCCUUCUCCCAGAGUUGCUGCCUGCUUUGGUCUCCGGUGUUAUCAGCGUUGACUCUCUCCUCUCCUUGUUGGAUGCCCUGAGAUGCGGCAAAGGCCAAGUGUCGCUAGGAGUGGGCUGAUCUCUGGAGACACAGGUGGACUGUUCCAGAACUCUGUGUGGCCCGCAAUGGAUUCAAGGAUGAGACCACGUCUUCCCUAAGUGUGGUCCUGGGUAUCCCCCGUGGCGGAAGCUAGACCAGGUGACCUUUCAAGGUCAUCAGUUCUGAGAGUCCAGGCUGGGGGUCAGAUCCAUUUUCCUGUUUAUUAGGACAAACCUGUGUCUUCCUGUGAGUAGAGAUCUGAGUGGGACAGAAGGAUGUUUCCGACCCGAGUACGAGCUUCUCCUGGGACCGGGCGACAGGGAGAGGCUCCUUGUCAGUCAGCUGAGACUCCUCCCAGUUCUUGGCGGCCACUUCCUCAGAAUCCCCCUCUCGGGAUGGGUUGGCAAAUCCAUUUUCCAAUUCAGUCUCCUUUAAGGGCUACCCAUCCUCUUGGAAUAAUUUGGGUAUUUUUAAAGAGUAGCAUGUGUUGCCCAAAGAUGGAGGAAUUGAGGUGCAGGAUAGAAGAUGUUCCUUCAUCCGGUGAGCCCUCCGGAGGCGUGACCAGGAGAGCCUCGGAUCAAAGCAGAGCCUCCCUGGCUUCUGUAAUCCAGCCGGGAUCUGAGCUGGUUAACACCGAGCUGAGAGCACGGGCUGGCAUGGAGCCUCAGAGCUCCUCCUGCAGAGAGGACGUUCCUUGAGCUAAGUAAUUGGGGACAGGGACCUAUCAGGUUUGUUAGCAAAUAUGACAGUGCCUUUCCCCGGCGAGUGUUCGGGAACCCAAGUAUCAGGUUAGUUUCUGCUUUCCUCUCAGAGGUUUCAGUCUGGACAGCUCCCAUCGGUCCCUGCCUGUUCGCUUUGGCUGGGCGUUCGAUGGAUGUCAGCUUCGGUGAGGUAGCGAUUGUGACAUAGGAAGCUGGGGCCUGUGAGUAGUCUUAGGGCCGUAAUUUAGGAUUUUGACUUAAGGAAAUAAUUCCUUCCCCUACCCCCUUCCUGCCUGGCUGUUACCGGAAUAGCCAUCAGUGUAUCGUGUCUGUGGCCAGGCUAAUGCACACAGCAGAAAUAACCUUCCAAUGGGUGAGUCGCAUGACUGAGCUGUUUUCACUGUGGCUCCUUACGAAGGAAUUCAAGGCUACAGAAAUGCAUGCGUGGGACCGCCAACAGGCAUCGAGUCAUCAGGGCAGUGCCUUUUCUGUAAAUAUGUAAAUAAGUGUGGGCAUUGAAAUGUAGACUGUGCAGUACAUUUCUCUCCCUGCAGUCAUGUCAAUAGUAUGUGUGUUUAUAGAAGAAAACAUCCGUGUGCAAGCGAAAGCUGCUCUGCCAUUUUCCUAGAGGAGCGCCCUCUCUCAGCUCGGGGCGGCCUUCUCACCGGGCCGAGUCCUGGUUACUGUCGGGGGUGUGCGGAAGGUCCAGGGGUGCAAAGCUGGGGGUGGGGGGUCGGAGCGGGGGGGGGGGUGGAAGGGCAGGGCAGAUUCCCAUGGAGGACACGGGCAGACGCUGUUUCCGUGGAACUGGGGAGUGUGUUGGAAGAAUGCCUUUUCAGCACUUGGGCUCCAGUCUGUGUGCAUGCGAACACUUGUGUCUGUGGUCUUGUAAACUCGGAGCUCGGAAGUGCUGAGGUACAGGUGGUGGGGAGAAAAUGAGGCUCCUGGAGUUCCCUCUGAAUGGUGGGUCAGGGGCUCUGGGCUUCACUCAACUCCACUGUUGUGGGCAGCCAUCUGUCUGGCAUGUCCGUGCGUCCACCUUCAUGCCAUGCAGAGGGCUGGGGUCUGGGUGCCCCAGUGGGGAACAUACACAUGAGGCUGUGCCAUGUCUUAGGUCAUGGGGAACCUAGCCCUAGCUGACCCCAAAGCGGAACUUGUCUGUCCCCUCCCUGCCGGCCUUCCCCGCCCUGCCGCUUCCUCGUGGGACUAGAAAGUCGGUGUGGUGCCACCUCUGCUUGGCUGACCAGCGUGCACACUGGCUCUGUAUUCCCUUUGUCGUGGUUUGUCAUCUCCCGAGCAUUUUUUGCUUCGAUUGAGAUGUGGAGGUUCCCCUUUGAAAGCUUGCUGUGGACCUGACUGCCAUCCCCCUGCCUCCUCCCCACUGUCUCGGGUGGGCAGCCCAGCCCAGCAUGAUUCGCUGCCUGUUUCCUAGAAGGGGAAUGAGUUUGUGAGGUCUGAGGCAGGAAUCCUUGGGUGGCGGCGGCAGAAGCUGGAAGCCACCUUGGUUUGGUUUUCUGUCCCUGUUGACAUACUGAGAAACCAUCGCUUUCGUUUGGAAGAUGUUGGUGAGCAGCAUCCUUUGAGGUCCUGCCUUCCCGGUCUGUAAGCUGGGAUGCCUAUGGAGACCACUGACCUGGAACCUGUUGGAAACCUAACCUGGGGUGUGGCCCCUUGACUGAGGGCUGUUGCUGGAGCAAGCCCUCCCUGCCCCCGCUGGCCGGGUCCCUUGGGCAACUUUCAGCCUGAGCUUGUGUGGUGCUGGGAGCCGUGAACCAUCCUGGGAACUGCUGACCUGAGACUCCUGGGCUGCGCUGACAUCCUGAGGUCGCGUUGGAAAACUCCAGGUUGCGAGAAUCCUGGUGAGGCCUAAUCCAGGCGUGGGGGUUACUGGUGUUAAAGUGGGUUUUUCAAGUUUGCAGGCUUGGCAGAUGGCAGUAGUCAGCCUUUGCCACCAUGUCCAGUUGCCCUCUAGCUCGGGACUGCCUUUGGAAGGAGUCAGAAAUGGUCGGGCUUAUCUCCUACCAAUUGAAAAGUCUGGGCCACGUUGUUUGUUGAGAAUUUGCUUUGGCUUUCGUGGAGCAUGACGUUCUGCCCAGUUGGGGCCCUGGGCCUCAGUAAAUUGUGACUCCAUGAGUUAGGAGGCACGCGCCUCCCAAAUCCUUCAUCCAUGCGACACCUCUUCUUGCAGUUGGCUGGGGCAGGAAAGCCAAAUUCAUGGAUGUAUUUAUUGGUGGAAAUAAGUUAGCAUAGGAAUUUGCAUUUAUAACUUGACCUUGUUUGGUUCCAUGUGAAAGUCGAGAUGGAGAAUUUAAGUGUAGCACGGGGUGUAGGUAAUUCUAAAUACCGUGUGUGAAAAUUCAUUUAUCAGUGUAACAGCCUGUGAUAUUUUAGCUGGAGGAUAAAGACAAAGCUCAAUUAAAUCACAGCUGAAUCACUGUUUCUCCUGCUGGUGGCGAGGAGGAGGAGCCAGCUAUUUGUCUUGAUACAUCGAGAGCCCUUCAGGCACAAUAAAAAGAGGAGAUUAUUCACCUUUAAACUGAGGCCUUUAGGGAAACUUUUGCAAAGGGCAGUAACAAAUUAACCUUUUAAUGGUGGUAUAGGAACCCUCCAGGGAAGAGGCCGGGACCGGACCUCAGGGACCUUUUUUUUUUGUUUUUCUGGUGUGUUUUUUAUGAAACAACAAGGCCCAGGGAAUGGACUAAGAUGCUUUCUCCAAGCCCAGAGCAGCUCAUUCUUGCAGAGGUACAGGAGGGGAGGAAAUCAUAAGACAGUGUUCUGAUUGGCAGUGAACUUGCCUUAGUGUGAUGACAGAAAACAGCAAGAAAGUUAAUCUGGGGACCAACACGCAUGCACAGCUUUAUCUCCGUUAGGUUCCUCGCUAGCGGGCGGAGGAUCCAA